AUGCUAAAUACUAAGUAUUUCGUUCGCCUGGCGUCGGCCACUUCGAGUAAGCUUGCGGGCUCUCGUGAACUACACAAACUACUAGGAAUGUGCACUGACACUGUAUUGUCCGACCAUGAGCGGCCCUUCGAGGGUAACCUCAUCUGGUCACGUCAUGGUUACGAUAUGCAACACGAAAAGGUUGACUUCACGCUGGCUCCAGAGCACUUCGUUGUUCGAGAAAUACCACUGGAAAGCAACGGCACACCGAUCGAGCUGGAAAAAAAUCUUUGCGAGUAUAUUUUACCACAUAGUUUGGGACAUGAAGUUAACUCGGCGCCCUAUGUGCGACUAACUUUACACAAGACGAAGAUUGAAACGGAUACUUGUAUUAGAAUCAUGUCAGAAGUCGCCAAAUGCGAUCCAGCAGUGAUCACCUAUGCUGGUCGCAAGGACAAAGGCGCUGACACUAUGCAGUAUAUAACACUACCACAAGUUCACUUUCAGAAUUUGUUUUUCGCAUCAAGACGAGGAGAAGCUCUUCCGUUUGAACUAGGAGAUCCAGUGGGAGUACGAGCGCCUCUCACAUGGGGAGCGUUAGAAGGCAAUCACUUCAAGUUGACAUUUGUAGGACAGCCGAGGAUUGUCGGCAACUCUAAACACGAUGAGGUUCUCACCAAGAUCAGAGACUCGGGUUUCGUCAAUUUUUUUGGUUUGCAACGCUUUGGUGCUCCUCGUUUUAACUCUCCUGUAGUCGGUCGCUACUUGGAAAACGGGGAGCCGCUUGAAGCUGUUGUUGCGAUGCUUAUCGGCCUCUGCCCUAAAGGCCGUGAAUGGACUGCACUUAAGCUCACCAACGGUGCCAUUCGUAGUGUUUAUGAAUCUCUGAGUAGUGGUUAUGAAGGUCACGAAAUGCGACUGCUUCUCGCGAGAGCUGCAAAGCAAGAGGACGUCGACUGGCAAAGGGCGAUCAGCCCUCGGCAAUGGUCAACUUACGUUCACGCUUGGCACAGCCUUCUGUGGAACUACAUGGUCCAGUUCAGAGUGAAUGAGUUCGGCACCAACCCUAUCGAGGGAGAUAUGGUUAUCAACGGUCCUGGUGGAUCUGUCCAUCACUUUCCCCCCUACAUUUGGGAUGGACAGAAGCAGAGCUCAGUCGCUUGUCAUGUGUGUCUCCCACUGCCGGUGAACAGUUGCUUGAAACCUGAGAAUAAGACCGGCGAGUUUCUUGAUAAACUCAUGAGGGAAUUCAACAUUUCCUCUUCUAACGGUAAAGGCAACUCAGCAAAAGAGGCUAGGGAGGUUCUUGUUCGACCCACUGGCUUGAAAUGGACAAGGCCGCAGAAAGACGCUCUCGAAGUCAGCUUUUCCCUACCACCUGGGUGCUUCGCCACAGCUCUCGUACGUGAAUGGUUGGGCCAUAAUUUCUAUCAGCCAUCCGUGGGGCAUGACGGUCUACUACUGCCUAGUGAAUGCGAAGAGGAGCUGAGACGUAUAUGGAGAAAGAUAGCAUAUAUCACUGAUGAGAUCGUAUGA